AUGGACGCUCGCUCACUGAUCCUCCCAUCCCUGCCCGUAUCAAACCCCACCUCCUCCUGCUGGCAAGAGCCGCCUUCGGCCAUACAUGACCGCCGUAGCACGGAGCAGCUGCCCUCGUCAGCCGAUUAUGUGAUAGUCGGCGCGGGCAUCAGCAGCGCGAUGAUUGCGUGGAAUCUUUUGGAGAAGAGCAAGGAUGCGAGGGUGGUCAUGCUGGAAGCUAGAGCCGCUGUGAGCGGAGCUACGGGCAGGAAUGAGGUCUCGACGGUGAGGGUACCCGACUUGGCCUGGUGA